AUGUCUGUCGCCGCAGCAUCGCCGCCUCUCGUCGGCGCCGCCAUGGGCCCGGAGGGCUCCACGCGCGAUGGCGCGGUUGGGAUGGCGUCGCCUGUCGCCAGCGCGACAGGAGGCGCCUUCUCGCUCUCGGAAUUUUUUUAUUUCUAUUUUCUCCGUCCGACGGGCGGCGCUGACCUCGCUGCGCUCCUCAAAGUCCCGGUAUUCAUCGCGUGUGCCCUAUACUUGCCUCUGGUGUACGGGCUGCAGCGCUACAUGCGCGACCGGCCGCCGUAUUCGCUGAAAACAUUUUGCUUUCUAUGGAACGCUGUGCUUUCUGUCCUUAGCCUCCUCGGCUUCUUCACGAUGCUAGUCGCUCAGCCGGUGCUUCUCACCAAGGCAAUCUACCCUGAGACGCAGUUUGUCCCCGCCGUUCGCGCGGUGAUUUGCCUGUUCACGCUGACCAAAGCUGUAGAGUUCGGCGACACGGUGAUCCUCGCCCUGCGGAAAAAGCAGCUCAUCUUUCUCCAUGUGUACCACCACCUCUCCGUCACUCUCUACUGCUGGCAUGCGCAGCUUGUGACUGUCUCGAUGGGGCACAACUUCGCGUUCAUCAACCUGGGCAUCCACGGCAUCAUGUAUCUCUACUACGCCGCGUCCGUGCUGCACGCGCGGCACCGCCUUCUCGUGGCCUGCCGCCCCUACAUCACGCUUUUGCAGACAGUGCAAAUGUUUGUCGGGAUCUUCCUGUCCUACGAGGCCCUGACGAGCGACCUGCCCGACCCAGAGCACCUCAACGCCAACCUCGCCCUUGCCAUGUAUGCGUCCUACUUCUUCCUCUUUGGGAAAUUCUACAUCGAGGCCUACAUGCGCCAUCUCCGCCCUAACACGACGCAGCUAGUAGUCACGGUGCAUGCGCUCGCCCUCGGGGGCCUCUGGAUCCUCUGGGGGCACACGAGACGCUGCGAAGUCGCGCUGGAGCUCGCCACGUUCUUCGCCGUCACUGCAUGCGCGCUGCCCCUAGCUCGUAACGCGUACCGCGCGGCCGCCGCAGGCCACGACCGAGGCGCUAAUUCCCUCGAGACCGGCGUGGCGAAGGCGGCGGAUGAGGUGCUCGCAUACAGCAAGGUCGCCAGCACCGCCGCCGCAGACGCAAAAAGCCUGGCUGAGGCUGAGACGGCGCCGGGGUCCUUUGAGGGCUCGCCGUUGCCGCAGUCUACCCUCGAUGCCGCGUACACGGCGCUGCCGACCAACUGCACGACGGGGAAAGGCGCGGAUUCCGAGGCAUUCGUGCUGACGCCUCCGGAGGCAUCCGCGGCGAUCGAGAGACGAAGCACGUCCAACAAAAAAGUUCUCAACAACGCGUGCCAGACGCUUCUCACGGUCUCGAAUUUCCUGCUCUCUUGGGCAGUCGAGGGCAUGGUCGCCGCCGCGGCGAGCACCCCGUGUCAGAGAAAGCCAGGCUCCAAGUCCGCGGGUGGAGGCGGCGCAAUGCAGGCAGACAAGAAAAAAGACACUGUGCUCAGGAAAGAAGUGGACAGUGUCCAGGCGGAGCCUGUCGAUGGUGAAAAGGGGCCGCAGGGCGCCGCCCCGCACUUCAUGGUUUUUGAUGCCCUUUUCGCGCUCAUUCUGAAGCCGCAGGCCCCCGCGUCAGAUCCGACCGGGAAGGCUCCGCCACAUGCUGCUGCGACUGCGGCGCGGCCCGCCAGCUGGCCUCGCUUACUUGAAAGCACCCCCACACACGAGGCGCAGGUCAAGCGCAGUGCCACGGGGGGCGAAGCGACUCCGCAGAGUUGCCAGGAACCGCAGAGGGAUGCCUGCACCGGCGGGACAGACGGCGGCAAGGCGCGCGGUGGUCUCAAGUCCGCUUCAGACACAAGGCGAGCGGGGGCGUACCCUGAAACGUCGCAUCACGCGGCGAAAGCGCGGCACGUGAUGACGCGCGACCACGGCCCGUUCGCCUGCCUCGCCGACUUUGUGCUUGUCAUCGUGUCUUUUGGCACCCCGAGCGUCUACGGUUGGCUGGUCCACGGCAGUUGGCUGCUCGGCCUCUGCGUCUUCGGCGCCCUCCGCUGGCUCAUCGAGCUCUACACAUGCGAUGCGCUUGUAAAGAUCAGGGUUGCGGCCCCCAGGAGCUCCUUGGGCGCCCUGCGCAUAAAUAGUGGAACGCGGGAGGCAGUGCCGCAUGGCGCAGGCCAGCGUGCAUGCUAG